AUGGCUGUGCCAUCGUCACUGGAUGACUGUACUGCACUCACUGGUGAUGACUUUACCACACUCAUUGAAGGUGACUGUACCAUCCUCACUGAAGAUGACUGUACCACCCUCACUGAAGGUGACUGUACCACCCUCACUGAAGGUGACAGUACCUCCCUCACUGAAGAUGACUGUACCAUCCUUACUGAAGAUGACUGUACAAUUCUCACUGGUGAUGACUGCCCCACCCUCAAUGAAGAUGACUUUACUGCCCUCACUGAAGAUGGCUGUACCACCCUCACUAAAGGUGACCAUACCACCCUCACUGAAGAAGACAGUAUCACCCUCACUGAAGAUGACUGUAGUACCAUCCUCACUGAAGAUGACUGUACCACCCUCACUGAAGAUGACUGUUGUACCAUCCUCAGUGAAGAUGACUGUGGCACUCUCACUGAAGGUGAGUGCACCACACUCACUGAAGAGGACUGUACAGCCCUCACUGAAGAUGACUGUAGUACCAUCAUCAUUGAAGACGACUGUGCCACCCUCACUGAAGGUGAAUGUACCACCUUCACUGAAGAUGACUGUGCCAUCCUCACUGAUGACGACUGUGACUGUACCGCACUCACUGAAGGUGACUUCACCAGACUCACUGAAGAUGACUCUACCUCCCUUACGGAAGAUGACUGUACCACCCUCACGGAAGAUGACUGUACCAUCCUCACUGGUGAUCACUAUACCACACUCACUGAAGGUUACUGUACCACUCUCACUGAAAGUUACUGUACCACACUCACUGAAGAUGACUGUACCACCCUCACUGAAGGUGACUGUACCACCCUCACUGGUGAUGACUCUACUGCCCUAACUGAAGGUGACUGUACCACACUCACUGAAGGUGACUGUACCACCCUCACUUGUGGUGACAGUACCAUCUUCACUGGUGAAGACUGUACCACCUGCACUGGAGGUGACUGUACCAUCCUCACUGGUGAUGAAAGUACCACCCUCACUGAAGAUUACUGUAAUGCCCUCACUGAAUGUGAGUGUACCACACUCACUGAAGGUGACUGUACCCCACUCAGUGAAGAUGACUGUACUGCUCUCACUGAAGAUUACUGUACCACCCUCACUGAAGGUCACUGUACCACCCUCACUGAAGGUAACAGUAGUACCAUCCUCAAUGAAGAUGACUGUACCAUCCUCACUGGUGAUCACUGCACCAUACUCAUUGAAGGUGACUGUACCACCUUCACUGAAGGUUACUGUACCACCCGCACUGAAGAUGACUGUACCACCCUCACUGAAGGUGACUGUACCACCCUCACUGGUAAUGACUGUACCAUCUUCAUUGGUGAUGACUGUACCACCCUCACUGAAGGUGACUGUAUCACACUCACAGAAGGUGACUGUACCACUCGCACUGGUGAAGACUGCAUCAUCAUCACUGAAGUUGACUGUACCAUCCCCCAAAAAUAUGGCCUUAAUACCAUCCUCAUUGAAGAUGACAGUAUCACCCUCACUGAAGGUGACUGUACCACCCUCAUUGAAGAGGACUGUACCACCCUCACUGAAGAUGACUGUACCACUCUCACUGAAGGUGACUGUAUCACCCUCACUAGUGAUGACUGUACUGCCCUCACUGAAAGUGACUGUUCCACACACUCUAAAGAUGACUGUACCACCCUCACUGGUGAUGACUGUACCAUCCUCACUGGGGAUGACUGUAGCACCCUCACUGAAGAUGACUGUACUGCUCUCACUGAAGGUGACUGUACCACCCUCACUGAAGGUGACUGUAACAUCCUCACUGAAGAUGACUGUACCACCCUCACUGAAGGUGACUGCACGAUCCUCACUGAAGAUGACUGUACCACCCUCACUGAAGGUGACUGCACGAUCCUCACUAAAGGUGACUGUACCACCCUCCCUGAAAAUGACUGUACCAUUCUCACUGGUAAUGACUGUACCACACUUACUGAAGGUGACUGUACCAUCCUCAUGGAAAAUGACUGUACCGCCCUCACUGAAGAUGACUGUACAACCCUCAAUGAAGAUGACUAUACAUCCUAA